UAUGGGCUGCAUUUGCUCGAAAGGAGCAGCAGAGGAAGCAGACGAUCUUUCAUCUCAUAGUCAUCAGAAAGGAAAAGAGUAUUGGAACAAAUCUUCCGCGGUGCAACUGAUUGCUCCUCUGCCUUCAAAUAAAGAUGAUUUCUCGCACAAAGCCGUAGAUGGAAGCUCUGGUGGUGGACGAAGAGCGAGCGGUUUGAUUGUUCCUAUAGAUGAUAGUCACGAUGGUAAAACAACGAUCAUAGAGAGACCUUCGAGGUCUCAUCGAGGAAGAAGAGUUUCAGACAAUGGCAAAGGAGGAGGAUUGAUUAUUUCGAAAGUACCUCGUAGCGCAGAAGCAGAGCUUAUUGCUGCUGGAUGGCCUUAUUGGUUAACCUCUGUUGCAGGGGAAGCCAUAAAAGGUUGGGUUCCUCGCCGCGCAGAUUCGUUUGAGAAGCUUGACAAAAUAGGACAAGGGACUUAUAGUAUUGUGUAUAAGGCUCGGGAUCUUGAGACGGGCCAAAUAGUGGCGAUGAAGAAGGUGCGGUUUGCUAACAUGGAUCCGGAAAGUGUGAGGUUUAUGGCUAGAGAAAUCAACAUUUUGCGCAAACUAGAUCAUCCAAAUGUUAUGAAGCUUAAGUGUCUUGUCACUUCAAAGCUAUCAGGUAGCUUGCAUCUUGUUUUUGAUUACAUGGAGCAUGAUCUUUCAGGUCUCGCCCUUAGGCCUGGUGUCAAAUUCACCGAGCCACAGAUCAAAUGUUUUAUGAAACAACUUCUUUGUGGACUUGAGCAUUGUCAUAGCCGCGGAAUUCUUCACCGUGACAUCAAGGGUUCGAACCUUUUGGUGAACAAUGAUGGUGUUCUCAAGAUUGGAGAUUUUGGUCUAGCCAGUUUUUAUAAUCCGGAUCAUGAACAGCCGCUAACUAGCCGUGUAGUCACCUUGUGGUAUAGAGCACCUGAGCUUCUACUGGGAUCUACAGACUAUGGACCAGGCAUUGAUCUCUGGAGCGUUGGUUGCAUUCUAGCAGAACUCUUUGUAGGUAAACCAAUCAUGCCAGGAAGAACUGAGGUGGAGCAAAUGCAUAAGAUCUUUAAGCUGUGCGGUUCACCAUCCGAAGACUUUUGGGAAACAACAAAGUUCCCACAGGCGACAAGUUACAGACCGCAACAUCCUUAUAAGCGUGUCCUACUAGAAACGUUCAAGAACUUACCAUCUUCUUCUCUAGCUCUACUUGAUAGGCUUCUAUCUGUAGAACCAGAGAAAAGAUGCUCAGCUUCUUCUACUCUAUUGAGUGAGUUCUUUACAACCGAGCCCCUCCCUUGUCACAUCUCAAGUUUGCCCAAGUAUCCUCCAAGCAAGGAACUUGAUGCAAAGAAGCGCAACGAAGAAGCAAAAAGGAAGAAAGCAGAAGCUGUGAAGUGGCGUGGACACGAAUCUGCGAGAAGAGGUGGAAGAGACUCCAAGGUAACACCGGAGUUCAUGGCUUCAGGGCACUCUAAUGUCUCAAUCAACACCCCAUAUGGGUUCAAAAAAGAGAAUGGAAGAGGAAAGCUCUUUUCUGCUUCAAGUUCAGUGAUCCAUCCAAGCUUAACCGCAACAUUGAAUAAGAAUAAAAGCUCUAGGAGCAGUGUAGGAGAGGUGAGAGCUAAUCGUUCCAACAACAAUGUGCCUGUUAUAACAGGGGGCUACUCAUCUAGCUCUUCGCAAAAGGAAAGUGUACCAUCACGAGAACCCACAACGAGAUAUAUGCGAAAGAAGAACAGAAUGCACUGUUCGGGUCCGUUGAUGCCUCCUGGUGGCAACAUUGAAGACAUGAUGAAAGAUCACGAGAGACGAAUCCAAGAAGCUGUACGCAAGUCCCGCCUUGAGAAAUCUGUCAAAGCAUGUGCUUAAGCAAUGAAACAAGAUAGAAACUGAUGAUACACGAACUAGAUGAUUUCAUAACUUUGAGUCACAGAUUGCCUCCCAAGUUCUAUUAUGGCAAACCUAUGUUUCAUGCUCUCAGCUAUUUCUUUUGGUUAGGGAAGCAAACAGAUGUGCAUAUUAAGAACUACUCCUUUAGUAAGUCAAUUUAUAGAUAGAAGUUAUACAUUUGGCUUAAUAGAGAAUAUAUAUAUAUAAAAAGCCUUAGUUCUCUUAGAAACUAGGCAUCAAUUUCAAAACUAGUACAUAUCCAGCUUGGGUAUCCGGCUGAGCUCUGAGUAUUGACCGCCCAUUCACUGCAAAUCUCUUGCCACAAGUUUUCUGGUGAAGCUCCGCAUAUUAAAUCGGAGCUGCAAGCGGCAACAUGCCAGUAAUCUGAUUCGAUCUUUUCUCUGAGCUGAUGUAGCUGCCAACCGGCAUAACCAACAAAGAAUCUCAAGUCCUGUGGCUUAAGAAUUCCCUUUUACAAGUACUGCAGCUUCAUCCAAAGUGUUCCGAGCACCAAAGUUUAGUCCCGGUAUGACUUCUUCAAACCCAUGUAUCUUGGUUUUCA